AUGUCGGUUCACCACAACUCGUUGGGCGACUGCCAGAUGUCCUUCACCUCAGUGUCCGGACAUCUCUUCAACUAUGACUUCUACGAAGACAAGAGGAAGUGGUGGUCAUGUGAACCGAAACAGCUGUUCACUGCACCCAUACUACAGACAUGUAGUGAUCAGAAUAAGUACAUCAAAAACACUCUGGAGAGAGAGGCCAAGAGGUGCUCCGUUUUGAUCAUUUGGACCGAUUGUGACCGCGAGGGCGAGAACAUCGGCUUUGAGGUGAUAACCGUCUGUCGAGCAGCCAAUCCACGGAUGAAUAUAUUUCGCGCGCACUUCUCGGAGAUCACAAUCCCGUCCAUCACUCGCGCCUUCAAUGCACUCAUUCAGCCCAAUAAGAAGGUGUCGGACGCUGUGGACGUCCGCCAGAAGCUGGACCUCCGAUUGGGCGCCGCUUUCACGCGAUUCCUGACUCUAGAGCUGCAAAAACUUGUGCCGAAUCUGAAAGACAUGUACAAACUGGUGAGCUAUGGCUCGUGUCAGUUCCCAACCCUCGGCUUCGUUGUCGACCGUUUCAAAGCGCGCGAGAACUUUGUGCCGCAGAAGUUCUGGUCUAUUGAUGUCCACUACACGAAGGAUAAUAUGAAUGCGUGUUUCAAUUGGAAGAGAGUGCGAGUGUUUUGCGAACAGAGCUGUUUGGCCGUCAUGUCUAAAGUGAUGGACAGUCCGGAGGCGGUGGUCACUCACAUCAAUACGAAACGGCGGACCAAAUGGCGCCCACAGCCCAUGGAUACGGUGACCUUCGAGCGGUCCGUCUCAUCCAAGCUUAAGAUCAACGCUAAGAGAGCGAUGACUGUGGCGGAGAAGCUCUAUACGAGUGGUUUCAUUAGUUACCCGCGAACUGAAACCAACAAAUUUCCACCGGAACUCAAUUUAGUGAGUUAUUGUCAAAUGCAAACCGCGAGUCCUAUUUGGGGUCAAUUCGCGCAACGAGUGCUCACCAACGGACCCAACCCUCGCAAUGGCACUAAGAGUGACCAGGCACAUCCGCCCAUACAUCCCACUAAAUACGCGCCUAACCUGAACGGCGAGGAGAAACGUAUUUAUGAGUUGAUUGUCCGCCACUUCUUGGCCACUCUGGACAAAGACGCCGUCGGAUAUGAGACCGCAAUCGAGAUCUCUAUUAACGAAGAGUUAUUUGCUUUGAAUGGUCUGAGAGUUGAAGAGAAGAAUUAUUUGGAAAUCUAUACAUACGAUAAGUGGACGGACAAAGACAUCCCACAAUUCAAUCAAAACGAACGCUUUAUUCCCGACUCUAUUCUUAUGACUGACGGCCAGACGACUGCACCGGAACUCCUAACUGAGGCUCAAUUGAUAGCUUUAAUGGAGAAGCACGGCAUCGGAACGGACGCCACACACGCCGAACACAUCGAGAAAGUAAAGGACAGGAAAUAUAUCGUUGAGACACCGGACAGACGACUCAAACCCGAAGGACUGGGCAUAGGUUUAGUGGACGGUUACGAAGAGAUCGGUUACCAAAUGUCAAAACCGCAUCUGAGGGCAGCCCUCGAGAAGGACCUCAAAGCCAUUUGCGAUGGCAUUAAAAAUCCAGAAGAAGUUCUUAAUUAUCAGAUUAAAGAAUACGAAAAGGUUUUCAAUGAAUCGCUGAGACAUAAAAACAAAUUGUUUGAAGUAGUCGUCCGAAAAAUAUAA